AUGUCUUGUUCCAGUGAUCGCAUCUUCGCCUCCUCCAUAUGGUGUCUCUUUAAUAGUAUUGAGGAGGGCAUGCUUCUCUCUGCAUGGAAAGUGUACAGCUUAAAGUUCGGAGAUCCUGAGAAGAGUACACGUAAGGAUAUUUUAAUGCAUGUUUUCUAUACGUAUAUUCGAAUUUAUGACGGUAUUGAUAAGCCGCGGAAAAUGCCUUCCGCAUAAAUAACCGUUUUGUAAUGGGUUGGGUUUUUGCGGGCAGUCAGAACGAAGGGAAUUCAAAGUUGGCAUCCUGGCGUUAUUGAAGUACAGUAGACGUGCUAACACAUGAAAUGCUGACCGAAAUUUUGAAAUGCUUUUUUGAAUCGAAAAGAUUACUUAAGUAGGGUUGUAAUAUUAGUCACAAUGCAGCAUAAUCCAAAGAUCUUCCAGCUAAUUCGGGAUGCCGGCUUUCGAACAAGCUUCUUUUCAUCCGCCUGCAAAAUCAUGCAAAAAAUGACUACUUAAGCAGUGUGAUUUUUUUAUUGAUUUUCUAUGCCCUUAAAAAUGCAAAUACAUUGCAUACGAAAAAUGCAUAAAACUAUUCAUUAUUCUACUCAUCUGGAAGAAGAUUACGUCUUCUUUACAUUUUAUAUUUGAAUGAAAGGUAUAAUUCGGCUUUAAAAAAGUUUCCAAUUAUGCGUUUUUUAAAACCAUGAAAUUCCCGUUCAUAAAACACAGUGUCUCUGUAUCUACCAGUGUUGCUUGUAAAGUUUAAAACAUGGCUCAAAUCCACUGAUAAAUUUUAUGAAUCUCAUAUGGUCUCCUCUUAAUACCGAAAAUGCGUGAUUUUUCAUACACGGAAAGUGCGCAGCUUAUAGCCUGGAAACCCUGAAUGCAAGUUUGCUUGCAGAUCGGGAUCAAAAUUAUUCGGAAAUUAGAAAUGUUUUUAAAACCGAAUUAUACCCUUUGUUGAAGCCUAAAAUGUAAAGAAGAUGUAAUUCCCUUCCAAAGAAGCUAAAGAAUUAAUAUUUUAUGCACGUUUUCUAUGCAAUGUAUUUGAAUUUACAAGGACAUCAAAAUCAAUGAAAAAAUUCACACUGCUUACGUAACCAUCUUUUACGGAGUGUAGUUUUAGCAGGCGAUUGGAAAGAAGUUCUUUCAAAAGCCGGCAUCCCAAAUUAGCUGAAAUAUCUUGGAAUUAUUUUGCCCGCUAAUUAGCAUUACAGCCCUACUCAAGUAAUAUUUAGAGUUGAAAACAUAUUUCAGAAUUUCCGUUAACAUGUCAUGAGUUGACAUAUCUACUGUAUCCUGGGAUUAUGCCGCAUGAUUAUCUAUAUUACAGGCCCGUCUAAGAAAUCCUUUUUAAGUGGGGCCAUGUUUUUAAAUUUCAGUCAACAUCUCCUGAGACACGCAGCCUCCUGUAUUCCUAAGGUACUUCACGCGCUCCAGUCAGUCUCAGUGGUCCCCUAGCUGCUCUGCUUGAGUGCUGCCGGAAGCCACUUUCUGUGGACCUAACGUCCUUAGAACAGCCUUCAGAUAGGGAUUACGGAAACCUAGCUGCCAACCUAACGCGACUUUCACUCGGCACAGGGAAAAGUGCGCUAUUAGUACUAAUUCAGCUGACGUUACAACUGACAGUUCAACCGUCACUGCCGACGAUGUCCAUCGUGCGCUCCGCAGCAGGGUGACUUAUGCGUGAAUUAGCUUGUAGUGAUAAUAGACUUGCGCAGCAUCUACCGCACUCGCCCCCUAGUGUCAAGGCGGAGUCAAGAAGACUGGAGGCGGAAGAGGAUUCUGGUCGCCGGCACGGCGAAAACCCGCACCUAGGCGUGCCACCAGACCGCGCUGUCCACGACGACCACUGCAAGAAAAUGAGGCGGUGGCAUGAUCUCGACUGGCGGGGCGUGAACCUGCGACUGAGCUUGUCCCCAAUGUUGACAUUUAUUGUGGGUGCGCUUGUGUGAUAGCGCCUACCGGACUCCGAUCCAGCACCUCGUUUUGCUACAGCGCAUCUAUCGUGUGGCCCGUUUGAGGGAAACGAGCUGCCACCACCACCACCACCACCACUAACUCUACUACUACUACUACUACUACUACUAAUAAUAAUAAUAAUAAUAAUACUACUACUGAUGAUGAUGAUGAUGAUGAUGAUGAUGAUGAUGAUGAUGCUGAUGAUGAUGAUGAUGAUGAUGAUGAUGAUGAUGAUGAUGAUGAUGAUGAUGAUGAUGAUGAUGAUGAUGAUGAUGAUGAUGAUGAUGAUGAUGAUGAUGAUGAUGAUGAUGAUGAUGAUGAUGAUGAUGAUGCGGGAAGCAGCACUGGUCCCCAAACCUGCCGCAAACGUUUCACCUGCCAUCGGUAG